AUGUUUCCCAGGCUAACUCUUCCGCUUGGACAGGUUGAACGAGGAGACCAGCCACCCCUCGAAGCAGACCAGCAAGAUCGCUUCUCCAGCAACCGGUUGCGAGACGGCUCGUCAUCUGCCCUUGUUGCCAAGGCAGCGUGUCAGGACAACGGCGAAUCACGAGAGACUUGGUGGACCGUAUACUCAUAUGCCAAGCGUUUCCGGCCAAGCAUUGUGCUCCUGGAGAAUGCCAAAGGCCUCUACCUCCGCAAGCACCUGAGCGAGGCUCCGGACACCCCCGCGGUCCUCCUGGUCCACGAGGGAUUCCAGACAGACGACAGCCAAAGGCCACUGGCAGAUCAGAGGAGAGUCGGUGACCGAUGGGCAACCCGUGACGCCCGGGAUCGAAGUGGCAACCCGUGA